AUGGCCGCUGUCCGCGCGCCAUUGAGUGCAUCCACCUCGCUGGUCUCCGCAUUCUCACCUUUCUCCGAGCGAUUUGGCUCCCCGAAGCCCUCAAGCGCGACAGCCGCCCCAACCAUGAUGUCGGUCGCAAACAGCACACUCAAGGCGCCCGCGCCGGACCCCAAGGACGUCAAGUCUCCCUCGACCCCCAGUGUUGCCCCAUCACCCAUCUCAUCCGACGUGGGGACUGAAUUCGCAGACACAGAGGAGGCGGUCGACGAAAGGGAGCCGGAUGCAGCCCCAAUCAAGGCCGAGAGUGCAGCCCGCGAGAUCGAAGACCUUAGAUCUCACCAGUCCCCGCUGAGUCGUAUGCGAAGUCCGAAUCUGAAGGUAUUCAUCCUGCUCCACCUGGCUCGGCCUGACGUACUAACCUUGCCUGAGGUCAACACCAGUCCCGUAUUAUCAUUCAAUGCCACGGCGAGUGAAGAAGCGGAGCCUCAAUCGGUCAUCCACAUCCCCUCCGGCUUCGGCCAGUUCCCGAAUCCUAAACACGACGAAGAGUCCGAGCCAGAAACCGAGACCCAGUCUCGGGAAUCCAGUAUGGCUGGACAGGUGCAACGACCCGACCUCGAGCGCUCAAGAGCGGACUCGGGUCACUCUGUGCGCUCCGACAGCACCGUCACCAUGGCGCAGAGCAACUUUCCGACUCGGCGGGAUGACUUGCCUCUUCCUCCAACCCCUCUGCAAACCACUCUUCCAAUCACCCAAGACUGGUCUUCUACACCUCGAGCACAGACCCGCUCCGACCUUGGAGCACUGUCUAGACCGCCCUCCUCCCUAGCCUCUAUCCUCGAAGGCGAUGAUGUUGCCACCGACUAUCCCAACGAAUCCUCCAACGACGAGUCUUCCGUCUCGCGCCGGGCUGGGGCCUUCUUUCGCAGCACCGAAGAUGAAAUUGCCGCCCUGCGAACCGCUCUUUCUGAGUGCUGGACACUGUGCAAUACGCUUGCCUCACUCAGCUACAUCCACCGUGAGCGAAUCUUUGCCUUUCCCACACCCAGUACGGGAUCCAACAAUAACAAUUCGAUGCACCAUCACCAACAACAAGCCUGGAAGUCGUGCUGGAAGCUGUGCCAGAACCUCUAUGACUCCGUUUACCCAACUACCUCGCCCUCUCCACACGCAUACACCGCCCCCAGCCGACCCACUCUCGAUCUUUGCCGCGACUUCUGUGCCUGCCUCUUCGAUGCUCGUGCCCGCGACAACGAGACCGCAGACUCGGUGCUCCGUGUUUCCUUUGAACUGAACAAUCAUCUGUUCAAUACACACGACCGAUCUCUUCCCGAAGCUUUCCGUGAGCGCACCCUCGACUUCUACAUUACUCUUUGCCACCGUCUGAUGAAGCAGAAAGCCCGCAUGCAGGAGGAGACCGACUCCUUGCUUCGCGCCUGUUGGUCUCUGGCAGAAAUGCUCUUCUCCUUGCGGCAGAAUGCAAGAGAGGGCCGACGACCCGAUGAGGAGCUAUUAGGCUCUGCGGUCCAGGCUUGUUGGGAGCUAUGUGAUCUGUUUCGUGAGGGCUGGACACAAAUCCGACCGGAGCGCGGCACGCCGCGGCCCAGCCAAACGACCUUCACACAGGCAUAUCAACAGGCCAAGCGCGCGGGCUUCGGCAUGGGUGUUGAUGAGAACGGGAACCCACUCGCUAAUACUGCACUACUGGGUUUGCCAGAGACGCCGACCACUAUUUUUGAAGACACUGGCACCGUCAAUGUCAUCUCGCCAGACGACCCUCCGCCCCAACCCAACAUCCUGGUGCUCGGCGCCGAUGCACCAAGUGAGAUGGCACUGCGCAGCACCAAUAGUACGCCUGCACCGAACGUUGCUGAGCAAAUGGCCAUCCGGCAUGUGCCCGGGCAGCCAAUCGCGCAGAUCGUACAUAUGCCUCCGGGUGUAAAUGCCACUCACGCAGGGGUGACGCCUAUGCCAAUGAGUGCGCACCCAGGUACGCAGCGUCGGUUCUGGGGUAGCGCAUCUUCCAUCUCAGCCAUGAGCGAGGGUCGUGGUCCAACGUCAGCGGCUACCGGCAGCGCAAGCACUGUCACGCGAGGCACGCAUCAGCAGCAGCAACACCAGCAACACCAGCAACAAGCUGCCAACACAGCCGCGAGUGUACACAGCGUCCCUGCUGGUGCAGGGAAUGGCAACGGCAACGGGAGCCACAACGGACCAAAUCAAGGCCAUCGUGUCGUGCGCUCGUCCAUCACCAAGCCCGCACACCAUGGCCACGCCAAUGCUCACCAUCACGGCGAAGAUCCCACCCUCCUUCUCCUCAAAGCACUCUUCUACCGCGCCGCACUCUUCACCGACCGGGGCUUCACCGGCGAUCCCGUCACGUCCGGAGACCCCGCGCUCUCAUCGCUCCCACUCUUUGUGCGCAGCCUGCCCGACACGGCCUUCGGCACACAGGUCUGGCAGGUCAACCUGCUAGACAACUACCGCAAAGCCGUGGCGGAGGACGCGGCCGGAUUCCGGAGCCUGGCGCCGGGAGUCAGAGCCGUGUUGGCCAAAGAGGGUAGUGGCAAGGCCGGAGCGCUGGAGACGGCGCUGGCGGUUAAAGCUAUGACGGAGGGGGUGUAUGGGUUCGGCUGGCUCAAGGAUCUGUAUCGCUUUGUGUGGGGGUUUUAUGUCGAGGAAGCGUUGAAGGCGGCGGAGGGGCCGGUGGAGGGGGAGGCAAUGAGUGAAAGAGGGAGGAGUAGAGGGCGGGAGUAG